UUCCUCAUGAGCUAAUCAAAUAUAUCUUCCAUGCUUGAUUGUUGGGCUCGAAUAGACUAAUAUAUGUCAAUCUUUAGCCUAUAUAAAGCCCCCAAUUCAUCAAACAAGGGCAUCAAUCCAUCCUUGGAGCAAAAAAUUCACUUUUUAUAUUUUAUUUUUGCAUUCUCUUGAAGUGUUGGAGAAGAAGCCAUUUCUCUCCUCUACAAUUGGUUCUAGGUAUUAUUUCUUGUAUGUUAUUGUAUUUCCUUUAUCUUAGUUACACUUUUGUAAUUAAUAUGAGCAUUAGAGGCUAAGUUCUUAGCUAAGGCUAGGGAUGAACUUCUAUGCCCACUAGGUGUUUGAUAAAAGUUCUAAACCAAUAAAUUGUGAUUUAUCCUUUACAUUUUGAUUGUUUAUGACUAUGGUGUACAACAUAGAAGUAUGUUAAACUUAGUUUAUGCUUGCAAUUAACGUUGAGGUCUAAACUAUGAACAUUAAAGGAUAAACAUAUAUAUUACCGAGAAUAGAAAUAUAUCCGGUAUUAUAUGAUACGGGUGUGAUGUCUUGAUAUUCAACGGGGUUUUCGGUAGAUGAAUGUAAGCCGUAACGGGACUUACACGUAACGAAAACCACGCUCUCGCUGCCUUAACCGGAGUUGAGAAUAUAUUAGCGACAUCGUAUUCAUAAUUAUUGGUAAAGAACUAAUAUUCAACCCUAUUAAAGCAUUUAAGUGAUUCCCGAAGCCUUAGUUGUUGUUAUCAAUCACUUUAAUCAAAUUAAUUCAAGUUAUAUCUCCGAAAAUUAAAAAGAAGAACCAAGUUGUUGUUUUCACAACAACACACAACUCAAAAUCCCUGCACUUUACUCAUUUACUUAUUCAAAGUCAUCUACUCGCGGACUAAAUUAAACAACGUUUCCCUGUGGAUUCGACCCGGUAUUUUACCGGAAUUUAUUACUAUAUCGGCACUUGUACACUUGCAAGUUCAGCCCGGUCAAGUUUUUGGCGCCGUUGCCGGGGAAACGGUCUUGUUUAAUAAAGUCCAAACAAUCAACCAAUCAAAAAUCCUGAAUUUAUUUUUCACAACUUCACUUGAUCUUGGAAGGAUUUUUGUUUUUUCUUGUGUAGAUAUUCCCUUGUGUUUGCAUGCAAUUAAGAGGUCAAGGUUCUAAAAUUCUUGAACCACUUGAUCUUGAAAUAGAAAAAACUUGCAAACACAUUCGAAGGGAGCAAAAAGCUACAAAGAUGUUGCCAACUUUGAAUGAGAGGAAGAGACCCGUGGUGGCCGCUACGCCAUCUUGCAUCACCUUGAGCGAGGAAGCAAGAGACUAUGAGCUAAGGCAAAGCUACUUCAACGCUAUGCCUCAGUUUCAUGGUUUGCUUGGGGAAAAUCCACUCAACUUCAUCACGGAGUUCUACGGAUUCAUUCAAGGAAUCCCUAGAAAUGGCUUGGCGGAGGAUCAACUCAAGCUCAAAUGCUUCCCCUAUACUCUCAAAGGGGCGGCAAGAGGAUGGUUCCUAGAGCAAGCUCCGGCAAGCUACACAACAUGGGAAGGUAUAUACAAUGCCUUCAUGUCUAAGUACUACACGCCCACCAUGACUCAAGAGCUUAGACAACGCAUUUUCAAUUUCAAACAACAAAAUGGUGAGCUCUUUCAAGACGCAUGGCGGCGUUUCAAAUCAUUGCUAAGGGAAUGCCCACAUCACCGCAUUCCCCUAGACCUUCAAAUUGACACGUUCUACAAUGGUUUGAAUGCACCUUGUCAAGCCAUUGUGGACAACCGAGCCGAGGGCUACAUUGGAAAUAAAAAUGAAACUGAGGCACUCCGAAUCAUUGAAUCUAUUGCCUCAAAUCCUCAACUUCAAGGAGGCGAUUACAAGGUGGUCGGGAUGAAUGAAAUCUCUAUCACAACCGAGAUUAACAAAAGGCUUGAACAAAUGGAAUCAAAAAUUGAGCAAAAAUUCCAAACGGCCCUUCAAGCCGUAUUGGGAGGAGUCAAGCAAAUAGCUAAUGUGGAGAGCAUUCAAAGUCCGGAAGGCAAUUUAUCUCAACAUCUUGAAGAGGUAAAUUUCAUGAACUCUUAUGGGAACCGGGGAAACAAUAAUCCUUCUAAUCAACAAAGGUGGAACCAAGGGAGCAAUUGGAAGCCACAACCCCAAUCCGGAGCACCUAAUUUUGGGCCGUCCAAGGAAACCACCAUGGAGGAUAUGAUGCAAUUCAUAUCCAAGAGCAUGGAAAGCAUGAAGGCUCAAAAUGAAGAGAACCAUAGUAGAGUGGAGGCAUCCAUUGGGAAUCUCCACUCUCAAUUCAACAAGUUGGAUCUUCGCUUUGAAGAUCAAAAUAUAAAGCUCAACCAACGCAUUGACACCAUUGAGCAAUAUACCAAGGCGUCAAUCCGAAAUCUUGAAUUUCAAAUGGGGCAACUCGCUAAAAAAAUGAGUUCUAGAGAGCAAGGCAAAUUCCCUACAACUACGGAGGUAAACCCGAGGGAGAGCGUCAUGGCCAUUACCACAAGAAGUGGGAGACAAACGGAGGACCCCAAGAUGUCGGGGAGAAGAAAGAUACCGGAGAAACAAGAAGAGGUUUCACAUACACCGUUGGCACCUAUUAUGCCUCAAUAUGUUCCUCCCAUCCCCUAUCCACAAAAGUUGAAGAAGAAAGGAGAUGAGAAGAAACACAAGAAAAUUCUUGAUAUUUUCAAGAAAUUGAGCAUCAACAUACCUUUUGCGGAGGCCAUUGCGGAGAUUCCAUCUUUGGAGCUAAAAAUUCAGUUUUUAUAUUUCCUUUUUACAUUUUCUUGAAGUGUUGGAGAAGAAGCCAUUUCUCUCCUCUACAAUUGGUUCUAGGUAUUAUUUCUUGUAUGUUAUUGUAUUUCCUUUAUCUUAGUUACACUUUUGUAAUUAAUAUGAGCAUUAGAGGCUAAGUUCUUAGCUAAGGCUAGGGAUGAACUUCUAUGCCCACUAGGUGUUUGAUAAAAGUUCUAAACCAAUAAAUUGUGAUUUAUCCUUUACAUUUUGAUUGUUUAUGACUAUGGUGUAC